AUGGGUGCUGUCAAGAUCACCGACGACUUUGAUGACCGACAACUACACCUGGAUGCUGAAUCCGAGCAAUACCAUCCUUAUGAAUACCAGUCGGAGAACAACUCCUCCUGGGCGGGGGCUCUGCCCGUGAAGCAGGGGUUGUACGACCCGUCCCUUGAGAAAGAUGCUUGCGGUGUCGGCUUUGCUUGCCAUAUCAAGGGCAAGCCAAGCCACAAGAUCGUUAGCGAUGCGCGGAACCUUCUAUGCAACAUGACCCACCGUGGUGCCGUGGGGUCAGACGCGCGAGACGGUGAUGGUGCGGGUGUGAUGACCUCGAUCCCCCACAAGUUUUUCAUCAAGAACUUUGAGCGGGACCAGGGAAUUAAGCUGCCUCCUCUCGGCCAAUAUGCCGUGGGGAACCUGUUCUUCAAGCCCGACGCGGAGACGCUGGAGGAGUCCAAGCGGCAGUUGGAAGAUAUUGCCGAAUCACUAGGCUUGAGGGUUCUGGGGUGGCGAGAGCCCCCCGUCGACUCUACGCUCCUUGGCCCUGCUGCUGCUUCGCGCGAACCCACCAUCCUCCAGCCCUUUGUCGUGCUGCGCUCUGCCUAUGGCGCGACCAACGCUCCCGAGGCGGCGGACCUCGAGAAGUUUGACGAGAAGCUGUUUGAGAGGCAGCUCUUCGUUCUCCGGAAGCGGGCCACCCAGACGGUGGGGCUUCAGAACUGGUUCUACAUCUGCUCCCUGUCGAACAAGAACAUGGUCUACAAGGGACAGCUGGCGCCGGUUCAGGUGUACCAAUACUACCACGAUUUGGUGAAUGCCGAUUAUGAGGCUCACUUUGCCCUCGUGCACUCCCGCUUCUCCACCAAUACCUUCCCGUCCUGGGAUCGUGCCCAGCCUCUGCGAUGGGCCGCUCACAACGGUGAAAUCAACACGCUUCGCGGAAACAAGAACUGGAUGCGCGCCCGUGAGGGCGUGAUGCAGUCCGAUGUAUUCGGCGAUGAGCUCGAGCUGCUCUACCCUGUGGUGGAAGACGGCGGUUCCGACUCGGCCGCUUUUGACAACGUGUUGGAGCUCCUAACCAUCAACGGCGUGCUCUCGCUACCCGAGGCUGUGAUGCUGAUGGUCCCCGAGGCUUGGCAAGGCAACGCGGCGAUGGAUCCUAAGAAGGCGGCAUUCUACGAGUGGGCUGCGUGCCAGAUGGAGCCGUGGGACGGCCCUGCACUCUUUACCUUUGCCGAUGGCCGUUUCUGCGGUGCCAACUUGGACCGUAACGGUCUCCGCCCUUGCCGUUUCUACAUCAUGGACGACGACCGCAUCAUCUGCGCUUCUGAAGUCGGGACCAUCCCCGUCGACCCCGAGAGGAUCGUGCAGAAGGGCCGUUUGCAGCCCGGCAAGAUGCUGCUCGUCGACACCAAGGCUGGGCGCAUCAUUGACGACAAGGAGCUGAAGGCUGCUGUCUCGAGCCGCCAUGACUUCAGAGCCUGGCUGGAUGAGAACCUGCUCACCAUGCCCACUGUCCUGAGCAAGGUCGCGGAGGACAAGUCCGUUGUUCUGGCUGCUAAGCCCACCGAGUCGAAGCUACAGGAAGACCCGCUGCUGCACGCCUUUGGCUACACCUUUGAGCAAGUGAGCCUGCUGCUUGCCCCCAUGGCCUCGGACGAGAAGGAGGCGCUUGGUUCGAUGGGUAACGAUGCGCCCCUGGCCUGCUUGUCGGAAGCCCCUAAGCUGCUGUACGAGUACUUCCGGCAACUGUUCGCGCAGGUCACCAACCCGCCCAUCGACCCCAUCCGUGAGUCGAUCGUCAUGUCGCUGGAGUGCUACGUCGGCCCGCAGGGCAACCUCCUCGAGAUGGACGCGACCCAGUGCAGCCGGCUACUUCUGCCUAGCCCCAUCCUGUCCAUCGAGGAGUUCAACGCGGUGAAGAACAUGUCAACCCACCACCCCGACUGGACGGUCAAGACCAUCGACAUCACCUUCCCCAAGGCGAACGGGAUCGAGGGCUACAUCAAGCACCUCGACUACAUCUGCGACGAGGCCACUGCGGCCAUCGAGGCCCGCGACCGCGUCAUUGUCCUCUCCGACCGCAACACCUCCAAGGACCGUGUCGCUGUGUCAGCUCUGCUUGCGUCGGGCAUGGUGCACCACCAUCUUGUUGCGAACAAGUGGCGCUCCAUGGCGGCGCUGGUGGUCGAGACGGCCGAGGCCCGCGAAGUGCACCACAUGUGUGUCCUGCUCGGCUACGGCGUGGACGCCAUCAACCCCUACCUGGCCAUGGAAUGCAUUUUGAAGCUCAACCGCGAGAAGCUGAUCAAGCGGAAGCUGACGGACGAGGAGCUGAUCCACAACUACAAGCACUCUUGCGACGGCGGUAUUCUCAAGGUCAUGAGCAAGAUGGGCAUCUCGACGCUUGCCAGCUACAAGGGCGCGCAGAUUUUCGAGGCGCUCGGUGUGGACGACAGUGUGGUCGACCGCUGCUUCCGCGGUACAGCCUCGCGCAUUAGGGGUGUGACCUUUGAGCUGAUUGCGGAGGAUGCGUUCCGGCUUCACGAGCGCGGGUUCCCCUCGCGCGGCACUGUGUCUGUUGCCGGGCUCCCCGAGUCGGGCGAGUACCACUGGCGUGACGGUGGCGAGGCACACGUCAACGACCCCGUGUCGAUUGCCAACGUCCAGGAUGCGGUCCGCAACAAGAAUGACAAGUCGUACGAGGCGUACUCCAAGUCUGAGUACGAGCAGAUCAAGUCGUGUACGCUGCGUGGCAUGCUCGACUUCAAGUUCGAGGACUGUGAGGCCAUCCCGAUCGACCAGGUCGAGCCGUGGACCGAGAUUGUGCGCCGUUUCUGCACGGGUGCCAUGUCGUACGGGUCCAUCUCGAUGGAGUCGCACUCGACGCUCGCCAUUGCUAUGAACAGGCUGGGCGGCAAGUCGAACACGGGUGAAGGUGGUGAGGACGCCGAGCGUUCGCAGCGCAUGGCCAAUGGCGACACAAUGCGCUCGGCCAUCAAGCAGGUCGCCUCGGGUCGCUUUGGCGUGACGUCGGCGUACCUAGCCGACUCGGACGAGCUGCAGAUCAAGAUGGCGCAGGGCGCAAAGCCCGGCGAGGGUGGUGAGCUUCCGGGCCACAAGGUGUCCAAGUCGAUUGCGCGGACCCGUCACUCGACCCCCGGCGUCGGUCUGAUCUCCCCGCCGCCGCAUCACGACAUCUACUCGAUCGAGGAUCUGAAGCAGCUCAUCUACGACCUCAAGUGCUCGAGCCCGCGCUCGCGCGUGUCGGUCAAGCUGGUGUCCGAGACGGGAGUGGGCAUCGUGGCUUCCGGUGUGGCCAAGGCGAAGGCCGACCACAUCCUCAUUUCGGGCCACGACGGCGGUACCGGUGCGUCGCGCUGGACGGGCAUCAAGUACGCGGGUCUCCCGUGGGAGCUGGGCCUAGCCGAGACGCACCAGACGCUGGUGCUCAACGACCUGCGUGGCCGUGUGGUGGUUCAGACGGACGGUCAGCUGAGGACCGGCCGUGAUGUGGCCAUCGCCUGUCUGCUGGGCGCCGAAGAAUGGGGCUUUGCGACGGCCCCCUUGAUCGCCCUGGGCUGCAUCAUGAUGCGGCGCUGCCAUCUUAACACCUGCCCCGUCGGCAUCGCCACACAAGACCCCGAGCUGCGCAAGAAGUUCACGGGCACGCCCGAGCACGUCAUCAACUUCUUCUACUACGUCGCCAACGAGCUGCGCGCCAUCAUGGCCCGUCUGGGUUUCCGCACUGUCAACGAGAUGAUCGGCCACGCUGAGGUGCUCAAGAUCCGCGACGAUAUCCGCAGCAAGAAGACGGCCAACAUCGACCUGUCGCUGAUCCUGACGCCCGCCCAUAAGUUGCGCCCGGGAGUCGCUACCUUCAAUGUCCGCAAGCAGGACCACCGUCUCUACGUCCGCCUGGACAACAAGCUGAUCUCGGAGGCCGAGCUGACCCUCGACAAGGGCCUGCCGUCGCGCAUCGAAUGUGACAUCGUCAACACCGACCGGGCCAUGGGCACGUCGCUCUCGUACCAAAUUUCGAAGCGGUACGGCCAGGAUGGCUUGCCGAUGGACACUGUCCACGUUAACAUUAAGGGCUCGGCUGGUCAGUCGUUUGGUGCCUUCCUGGCCCCCGGUGUCACGCUCGAGCUCGAGGGCGAUGCCAACGACUACGUCGGCAAGGGCCUGUCCGGUGGUCGCCUGAUCAUCUACCCACCCCGGUCGGCCGUGUUCAAGGCCGAGGAGAACAUCCUGAUCGGCAAUGUGUGCUUGUACGGAGCCACGUCCGGCUCGUGUUUCUUCCGCGGUGUGGCGGCCGAGCGUUUUGCCGUGCGCAACUCGGGUGCCACGGCCGUCGUCGAGGGUGUCGGUGACCACGGGUGCGAGUACAUGACCGGCGGGCGCGUCCUCAUUCUCGGCAGCACCGGCCGUAACUUUGCGGCGGGUAUGUCGGGCGGUAUUGCCUAUGUCCUGGACAUUGAGAAGGAUUUCCUGUCCAAGCUCAACACCGAGAUGGUCGAGGCCGGCCCCAUCGAGGAGCCCGAGGAGGUGGCCUAUGUGCGCGGCCUUAUUGAAGACCACCACCACUACACCGGCUCCGAGCUGGCUGCCCGUAUCCUGAUUGACUUUAACCGCGCUCUGCGCCGGUUUGUCAAGGUCCUGCCUGUUGACUACAAGCGCGUGCUUGCUGAGGAGGCGGCCAAGGCGGCUGAGGCCAAGCGGGCCGAGUACAACCUCCCCGUUAUUGCCGAGGGCGGUAAGGAGGAGGCCAAGAAAGAUGAGGUCAAGAAGGAGAAGGAGAAGCACAAGGGCGACAAGCUCCAGGACAUCGAGGAGAGCGUGCGGGACGACUCGGCGGAUAAGAAGAAGGCGCUGGUGCUGGACAAGACUCGCGGGUUCAUGAAGUACCACCGGCGGUCGGAGAAGUACCGCAGCGCCAAGUCGCGCACCAAGGACUGGGCCGAGCUGUCGCAGCGUCUGGACCAGGACGAGCUCAAAUACCAGUCGGCGCGCUGCAUGGACUGCGGCGUGCCCUUCUGCCAGUCCGACACGGGCUGCCCCAUCUCCAACAUCAUCCCCAAGUGGAACGAACUGGUGUUCGCCGGCCAGUGGCGCGACGCCCUCGACCGCCUGCUAAUGACCAACAACUUCCCUGAGUUCACCGGCCGUGUGUGCCCGGCCCCUUGCGAGGGCGCCUGUGUGCUGGGCAUCAACGAGGACCCCGUCGGCAUCAAGUCCAUCGAGUGCGCCAUCAUCGACCGCGGCUUUGAGAUGGGUUGGAUGGUGCCGAACCCGCCCAAGGUGCGCACCGGCAAGAACAUCGCCAUCAUCGGCUCCGGCCCUGCCGGUCUAGCCGCCGCGGACCAGCUCAACAAGGCCGGCCACACCGUGACCGUGUACGAGCGCGCUGACCGUCUCGGCGGCCUGCUCAUGUACGGCAUCCCCAACAUGAAGCUCGACAAGCGCAUCGUCAAGCGCCGCACCGACUUCAUGGCCGCCGAAGGCGUGCAGUUCAAGACGGGCGUGGCCGUCGGCGAAGCCGGCAACGUCCAGCUGCUAGACCUCAAGGCCCAGAACGACGCCGUCAUCAUCGCGACCGGCGCCACCGUCGCCCGCGACCUGCCCAUCAAGGGCCGCAACCUCGAAGGCAUCCACUUCGCCAUGGAGUUCCUGCACAAGAACACCAAAUCCCUCCUCGACUCCGAGCUCGAAGACGGCUCCUACAUCUCCGCCCGCGGCAAGAACGUCGUCGUCAUCGGCGGCGGCGACACCGGCAACGACUGCAUCGGAACAUCCGUACGCCACGGCGCCAAGUCGGUCAUCAACUUCGAGCUUCUGCCCCAGCCGCCCCCGGAGCGCGCCAGCGACAACCCCUGGCCCCAGUGGCCACGCAUCUACCGCGUCGAUUACGGUCACACUGAGGUGCGUCAGCACAUGGGCAAGGACCCGCGUGAGUUCUGCAUCAUGUCGGAGGAGUUUGUCGACGACGGCAGCGGGAAGGUCAAGGGGAUCAAUACCGUGCGCGUUGACUGGACGCGGUCGGCCACGGGCGGGUGGGAUAUGAAUAAGAUUGAGGGAUCGCAGCAGUUUUUCCCUGCUGAUCUGGUGCUGCUGUCUAUGGGGUUCUUGGGUCCCGAGGCUCGUGUCUUGGGCGAGGAUAUUGAGAAGGACCCGCGGAAGAAUGUUAAAACGGCUCCUGGGAAGUAUGCUACGAAUGUGGAGGGGAUCUUUGCGGCGGGUGAUUGCCGUAGGGGUCAGUCGUUGAUUGUUUGGGGCAUCAACGAAGGUCGCCAGGCUGCACGCGAGGUCGAUCUGUACCUCGAGAACUGCACCAACUUGCCGGUGACAGGCGGUAUUGUCAAGCGCACGGCUGAGGAGGUGUUUGUGGCUACUAAGCUGGCGGCGGCGCCUGUUGAGGCUGUUGCUGCUUAG